AACACCCCGCAUUGGACCGACCCCCAACGUUUAUUACGCCAAAUCUCUCCCACAACAGCAUCUGGAGAGAGCAGACAGGCGGCCAUCAUGAAUCAGAGAGAGCAGAUGGAGCAGAGGGGGCAGUGGAGGAUCACAGUGUGGGAAGAGGAGAACUUCCAGGGCAAGCGCUGCGAGUUCAUGCUGGAGUGCCCGAACAUUCUGGACAGGAAUUUCCAAAAGAUCCGCUCUAUCAGGGUGGAGAAUGGCCCCUGGGUGGGUUAUGAGUACCCAGAGUUUCAGGGUCAGCAGUUCAUCCUGGAGAAAGGAGAUUAUCCCUGCUAUCAGGCCUGGAGCGGAAACAGCAGCUACCGCACUGAGCACAUGCUCUCCUUCAGACCCAUCAAAUGCGCUAAACACAGUGAUAGUAAAAUUACCCUGUAUGAGUGUGAGGACAUGAUGGGACGCAAGUUUGAGAUGUGCGAUGACUAUCCUUCUCUUCAAGCCAUGGGCUGGUGCAGUAAGGAGGUUCCUUCUAUGAAAGUCAACAAUGGAGCAUGGGUGGGCUACCAGUUUCCAGGUUACCGUGGAUACCAGUAUAUCUUUGAGAGAGACAGACGUCAGGGAGAAUACAGGAACUAUAAUGAGUUCGGCACCCAGGCCCACAGCAAUCAGAUCCAAUCAAUCCGCAGAAUUCAGCACUAACUCCGCCCCCGCUCUUCUCCUAUUGGCUACUGUGAAUCAAGUGACAGCAUGAUAUGAGACGAAGUAUAGGCAAUAAACGAUUUUCAAACUCCAGAAAAAAAGUGUGCCAUUCCUUUUAUAAAACCCGUGCCAGAAAAUUGUUAGAAAAACAAUUAGAUCGUUAAAAAAAAACUGGAGUGUAAUUAUUUUAUAACAAAUCAAGAUGGAAACCAAGUAUAGCCAACUUAUAAAGAUUUAACAUAUUGUUAACAAACUUUUUCAAUUCAGAUUAGAGAUUUUUAGAUUAGAUUUUUGUUUCAUUUAAUUUUUUUAUUUUCCUUAAUGUCAGACAUAGAAUGUAUUGUUCUUGUCGGAUUGUGUUUUAUUUUCAAUAAACAAAAGCACGAGAUGAUG